GCGGUAGAGGUCUCUGACAUCGCGGAUCAACGUGAUGGAGGACCGGAGGAAGAACGGAGCUCUGUCCGGUCGUGAUGAACCCGUUUGACGGCUCCGGUUCUCCCCGACAUGAGGAGGCGGACAGCGGGGACAGCCGGUGUCCGUGGAUCCGCUUCUCCUCCUGGCUGGAGUGUGUGUGUGUCGUUACCUUCGACCUGGAGCUCGGACAAGCUAUAGAGCUGGUGUAUCCUCAAGAUGUGAAACUCACCGAGAAGGAGAAAACCAGCAUCUGCUACCUGUCCUUCCCUGACUCCUACUCAGGAUGCCUUGGGGACACUCAGUUCAGCUUCAGGUUACGUCAGUCGGUCGGUCGAAGAGCGUUGAAGUUCAGAGAAGACGUUUACAACAGAGACGCCCCGCCCACCCUUCAGACUGAAGCGUCCCAUUUCUUUGGUUACGUCUAUUUCAGACAAGUGAAGGAUGUUUCUGUGAAGAGAGGAUACUUCCAGAAGUCUCUGGUGUUGGUAUCCAGGUUACCGUACACUCACCUGUUUCACUCGCUGCUGCAGAUCGUUGCUCCUGAGUUCUUUGAGAAAUUGGAGCCCUGUCUGGAAGCAGUGUGUAACGAGAUCGACCAAUGGCCUUCACCUGUACCUGGAAUGACCCUCAACCUUCCGGUGAUGGGCGUGGUCUUACAGGUUCGGAUUCCAUCAAAAGCCGACAAACCAGGAGGAAGUCCAGUGAGACAAACUGCUAAAGAGAACCUCCUGCCGGCUCCGACUCUGCUGCCGACCAUCCACGAACUGGACCUCUUCAGGUGUUUCCAGUCGGUCCUGAUCCACCUGCAGAUGUUCUGGGAGCUCAUGUUACUCGGGGAACCGGUGGUCGUCAUGGCACCGUCUCCCACCAUCUCCUCGGAAAUCGUGCUGGCUCUCGUCAGCUCCAUCAGUCCUCUGAAGUUCUGCUGCGACUUCCGUCCGUAUUUCACCAUCCACGACAGCGAGUUCAGGGAGUACACCACCAGGACACAGGCCCCGCCUAACGUGGUUCUUGGAGUCACCAAUCCGUUCUUCAUUAAGACUUUUCAGAACUGGCCUCACGUCGUCCGUCUGGGAGAAAUCAAGAUGGCGGGUGAUUUACCUAAACAGGUGAAGGUGAAGAAACUGUCCAAACUGAAAACACUAGACACUAAACCAGGGAUCUACACAGCGUUCAAGACGUUUCUACACAAAGACAAGAUUCUUAUUAAGAGACUGUUGAAGGGGAUUCAGAGAAAACGACCCUCAGAGGUUCAGAGCGCCAUCUUGAGGAGACACCUGUUGGAGCUCACGCAGAGCUUCAUCAUCCCACUGGAGCGGUACAUGGCGAGCCUGAUGCCUCUGCAGAGAUCGGUGACGCCGUGGAAGACUCCUCCUCAGAUUCGACCCUUUAGUCAGGACGAGUUCAUGUCCACUCUGGAUCACACCGGGCCUCAGCUGACCUCCAUGCUUAAAGGUGAUUGGAUGGGACUGUACAGGAAAUUCUUCAGGUCUCCGAACUUUGACGGAUGGUAUCGUCAUCGACACAAAGAGAUGACGCAAAAACUGGAGAGUCUUCAUCUGGAGGUCAUCUGUGACGCUGACCUGGUGAGUUGGACUAAAGACAAGUCUGAGGUGGAAAUCGUCGACUUGAUUCUGAAGCUGAGAGAGAAACUGAUUAAAGCUCGUCGGCAGCAGCUGCAGCUGAAAGACGGAGUUUCAGACAAACUGGACUCUUUUAUAGAUUCUAUCAUCGGAUCUCUGCCUGAAGACCUGCAGGCGGUGCUGAGUACACGCUGAGUACACAGAGCACACAUCUUUCCUUUUACCAUUAAUUCUCCACCAAACUGAAUUAAAUGAGAUUUGACUCGUUGAUUCUUCGUUAAAUGAAUGUUUAAACUUAAAACUUCAUUUGUUUCUUUUCACUUUCAUCUCCACCUGUUUAUUAUUAUAUUAUUAUUAUUUAUAUUUAUCUAAACACAUGAUUGUUUAAAGGAUAAAACUUUAUUAGAACUUCAAACUUGAACAAUGACCAGAUGAAGUGUUAUUUUUCUAUGAGAUUAUUAUUAAUA